GACCUGCAGACUCUGCCUUGGUGUGUGUUUCUCCUGGGCCCUGUAUCCUGUUCCUGCUCCCUGUUCCUGUUCCUGUUCCUGUCUGAUUCGUUGCUGACCCUGCUCUGAUCCCUGGCUUUGUCUGACCAUUCUCCUGCUCCUGAUCCCUGGCUUGUCUGACCAUUCUCCUCUGCCCGGAGUCCAGCCCGAUGUGCCUCUGCCCGGAGUCCAGCCCGAUGUGCCUCUGCCCGGAGUCCAGCCAGCCCGAUGUGCCUCUGCCCGGAGUCCAGCCCGGUGUGCCUCUGCCCGGAGUCCAGCCCGAUGUGCCUCUGCCCGGAGUCCAGCCCGAUGUGCCUCUGCCCGGAGUCCAGCCCGAUGUGCCCGUCUUUGAUAUCCCGCCAGUUACCAGACCCGGGCGGUGGAACAUUUUGCCCAGCUAG